AUGGCUGGAGGAAAUCAAUCCAUUGUGUCUGAGUUUGUGCUGCUGGGCCUCUCUGACUCUUGGGAACUUCAGCUUUUCUUCUUUGUGAUCUUCACCAUAGUCUAUGUGGCAUCUGUACUGGGCAACAUUAUCAUUAUCCUCACCAUUGUUUCUGAUUCCCAUUUGAACUCCCCCAUGUACUUCCUGCUCAGCAACCUCUCUUUCAUUGACAUCUGUCAGUCCAACUUUGCCACACCUAAGAUGAUUGCUGACUUUCUUGUUGAGCACAAGACCAUCUCCCUUGAGGGCUGCAUGGCCCAGAUCUUCCUUCUUCAUAGCUUUGUUGGAAGUGAGAUGAUGUUGUUGGUAGCAAUGGCGUAUGAUAGAUUCAUAGCCAUAUGUAAACCUCUGCAUUAUAGUACUAUUAUGAAUCGGAGACUCUGCAUAAUUUUCGUGGCUAUAUCUUGGGCUGUGGGGAUCCUGCACUCUGUGAGCCACUUGGCCUUUACAGUAGACCUACCAUUUUGUGGGCCUAAUGAGGUAGACAGUUUUUUUUGUGAUCUUCCCCUGGUAAUUGAGUUGGCCUGCAUGGAUACUUAUGAAAUGGAGAUUAUGACAUUAACCAACAGUGGCCUGAUCUCUCUCAGUUGUUUUCUAGCCUUAAUUAUUUCUUAUACUGUUAUAUUAGUCACUGUCCGGCACCGUUCCUCUAGUGGUUCCUCCAAGGCUCUCUCCACCUUAACAGCUCAUAUCACAGUUGUAAUUCUUUUCUUUGGACCAUGCAUCUACUUCUAUAUCUGGCCUUUUAGCAGACUCUCGGUAGAUAAAUUUCUUUCUGUCUUUUAUACAGUUUGUACCCCUCUCUUGAAUCCCAUCAUCUAUUCUCUUAGGAAUGAAGAUGUCAAGUCUGCCAUGAGGAAAUUAAAGAGCCAGUAUCUCAGUUCAUGGAAAUAUUAA